CCUAAUUCCCGCUUAGCAGCAACGGAAACAUUAUUUUUGAAAAAUAUCAUUAUUUUUGUUUCCAUCAACGCUUACCUUAUAUAAACCCUUUUGAUUUUAAAGAACAAAAACCCAAAUCAAAGCAGUCAGCGCACUUAACAAUGGUAACCUAUAAACAAAAAAAACCCCAAGAUGAACAAGAAGAAGAAGUUUAUAGUACUGAAAGUGGAGGGUCCGACCCGGAUUAUGAUUCUGAUACUGAUCCAAGUUACAGCAUUAUUGAAGAGACUCGAAGCAAUCUCUCAAGAUUGUCUAUCAAGAAGAAAUCAAAGUCACGCGUUGCAAAGGAUCUGGACCUGAGCUUUGAUAAAGACCCAGGAGAAAAAGAGACGAAAUUGGCAGAAGUAGAUGAGAAAAGUUAUGAGGAAGUUCAAAAGAUCAUACAAGAUUCUUUGAGAUUGGGUUUUGAUUUCUUGCUUUGUGACGUGAUGGAAGCUGGGAAGUUAGAGGGGCUCAAAGUGGAGCAAUGUAAGGUCUAUUUGAGGAAGAAUAAAUUGAGACUGACUGGCAAAAAGGACACACUCAUCCAGCGCAUAAAGGAGCAUCAAGAGAUUUUGAGUGGCGGAGGGGAGAAAAAGUACCCCAUAUCUAGCUUUGUUUUGGACUGUAAAGGGGAUGCAUGCAGAGGUGACAUUGUCAUGUUUGACCAGAAUGUUUACGAUAAGUAUAAUAUAGCAUCACGAAGUGCCAUGGGUCCUCCUAUCGGAACAAGGAUGGUUGCAGGUAAAAUUGUGCAGGAAAGCUAUGGUGCUGCCAAGCAACAGCAUACAUUUACAAUAGAAGUCCUUUGGAGCAAAGGGGAGAAUCCACUCCCUCCACUUCAUCCCCUCCUGAUAAAGGGUCGGAACCUGUAUCGAAUGAAGACCUUAAGACAGAGAUGGGAAGAUGAAGGAGAAAGGCGCAAGAUUCUUCUCGAAAAGCACUUAAGAGGUUCUCUCGCCAGGUCUAGCAGAGAAACCAGGAUCCAGGAGAAGGAAGGGAGGAAAAUGCUCAGGGUGGAAAGGGCCUUGAAAAAGGAAGAGACAAACAAGAGUCGCUCUCAUUUAAAUCCCCGCACAAGUUUAACCAAUGGGUUGUCAAGGAUGGAUCAGAGACAACCCUUGAAAUGUGCUGACAGCUAUCGUCCAAUGGGAUCACCACACAGACAAGGCUGCGAACAACCUAAACUUCAUGCAAACCGAGGGGAAAAUGAUUACCGCGGUCAAGUUCCUGGAAACUCAGUCGAGUACAGUGACAUCCAGGAUGAUUUUUGUUCAAGGUCUCCCAACUUCUGUAGAAAGCCACUGGCAAUCAUUCAUAACUCUAGUCCAAUUAGAUCACCACAUAGACAAGGCGGCGACCAACAGAUACAGCUAUGCAGAUACUUUGCUCAAGGAAGAUGUCAUUACGGUCACAAUUGCAAAUUUGUGCAUGAAUCAAGGGAGGGACAACUAUGCAGAUACUUUGCUCAAGGAAGAUGUUAUUACGGUCACGAUUGCAAAUUUGUGCAUGAAUCAAGGGAGGGACGUGAGCAGAGGAGAGAGGAGAGUGGUGGGCCUUGUAGCCCAAGGAGAGAGGAGUGGCCUACCAACCCAAGAAGGCUGGAACGAAGACCAUACUUGUUCUGAAACUUUCCACUACUGUGGAAGGGUUCAAUAUUUUCCACUUCUGUGGCUCAAAAGAUCGAGCUUUGUCAGGAUGUUUUCUCUCAUUAGGACAGGUUUCUGUGGAACUUGGUUUAUUUUGAAUAGUGGGUUCGGUUGAUAAAUAGCUCUCGAGAAUUCAUCAAUGACAUGCUAAAAUUUUCUUCAUGGUACAAUAGUUGGAUCAAAUUCUUACAUUACUAAAUACAAGUCUAUUCUUCAUGGAACAUGGGCUUAGUUUGGUGAUUUGAUGAUUUUAGAAUUUCAACAAUAAAAUUUAAUUUUUUUU